GUCAGUGGCGGUUUAAGGGAGCGAGAAGACCUUAAACUGGGGUUCCAAUAGUCGCCACAAACCUCUGACCGCCGCUUCAGUCCAUCUGGAGCUUCACCCGUACACCCAAACCAGCCCCCGCUCUUUGUCCUCAUAGGCCUAAGCCGCCAAGAUAUCGACUAUGCCCGCGCAGCACGGCCACAACGAGGCCUGCUGUAACAUCCCGCACGUCAUCUCUAAGGGCUACGACGCCAAGGGCUCCUACGAGGAGAUUGGUGGCUUCACGUCCUGUUCGUUCAUCUCAUCUUCUUCUCCCUACUCAGGGAGACAGCUUAGAAUUGAGUCCAGCUGAGUGCUAACCAUCCCGAGAUAAUGGAAUCGGCCAUUAUCGGCUACUGCUGGGGCGGCAAGGUCGGCGCCGACAUCCACCCGGCUAUGGUCGACCCCAAGGACGCCGAGGGCAUUCGGAUGCCCCUAAUCCUACUGGCGUCCAUGGAGGAGCCCGAAGACGCUGUCAGGAAGUUCGAGGAAACCCUCCAGGGCCCCAAGUAUGUUGAGACAUUCAAGGACCAGGUCCACGGAUGGAUGGCCGCCCGCGCUGACCUCGAGGACGCCCGCGUCAAGGAGUAGUAUACCCGCGGCUAUAAGACUGUGCUCUGGUUCUUCGAUAAGCAUCUGUGAGGGGUGGCAAAGUAUUGAGAACGCAAUGAAGGCGUAAUAUGGAAUGAAUAAAUAUUGUCCCUAGUUAAGGGUAGUUUACUGAAUGGAAACGAUCUUCUA